GUGUCAGUGAAGAAUUUAGUUCGGUGACCUGAAAAGUUUUCAUCGCCAUAUACGCUCGUGUUACCGUGUAAGGAAAUGUCGAAGUUGACCGUCACGAAUUUCAGUAAUAGGAAAGGCAGUCCUUUCCAAGCCAAAACAGCAGAUACAGACAGCACCGUAACCCAUGAAGAAGUAUUACAAAAAUCAACGUACGAAGAGCAGAAGUGUAAACAGAGUGAGCUCAUUAAAAAGGUAACUAAAAAAACAGCUGAGUAUCAAGCGAAAAAGCCUUGCUCAGGCGUGUUUACUGAGGUGGUCACUCAUGGAUCGUUUUCCCCUAAAAACGUAGUGAAAGAUAACAAUACGAAUAAAACUGGAAACGCGUCUUCCGUGCCUAAAACUAGCAGCGCCAAUAGAUCCAGUUCCUCUUUACUUGGAUUCCCUUCGUCCGCGAACGAUUUGGCUCUGGACGCUAAAACAGAUCUCGAAUCAGACCCUAACAUGUCGAAUGAAGUCAAAGAAAAAGUCAUUGAAAAAUUGUUUAAAUUAGUUACAAUGGUACAGCACGUUUACGAAUCUAAAGUCCGAAUCGCGACGGAGUACGAAAAAUAUAAAGAAACACAUCUGAGAAACGAUUUGAGAAGAGAGAAAGAACAUUCGGAACAGCUGUACAAGUUGAAUAUGAAUUUUCAAAGUGAAGUUGUGCAAUCUAUACAGAGGUUGAAAAGUGAAUUGGAUAUAGCACGCAAUGUCAGUAGAGAUAUGGAUGAAAAUGAAAUUAGUUCAAAAGAUAGCUCGGUUGUGUUCAAUUCUGAAGAAGCACAGGAGGCAACGGUUGGAAAUGAUGAAGUGGAAACUGUUGUUGAUACAAAUGAUACUAACAUUAAGUGUAUUGAUAAUUUGGUUGAGAAUUGA